UUAGCUUUGACUACCGCACUGCAUUAAAAUAUAGGAAUCAACACAUUGUCAUCCACAAUCAACAUACGCAAGUUACGGUAAACGUAAACAAAGAAUUUAUUAUGAACAUGACAAUUAGGGGAUCCUGCGAGAAUUUCUGCCCCGAUGCCGAGGCGAAGAUGCGGAUACGGGAAAAGCUGCUCAACUACUAUGAGUUAAAGGAUGGACAGAAACACGUACCCGGCGUAUUGGUCAAGGAAUUUGCCAGAUCAGCGGCUGACGCAAAGAUGCCCAAAGCAAAGGAUAUGCGCAGCGAGCGUUGCCUAGCCAAAACAGUUGAAUAUUUAUUGAAAGACAUACUGAUGGACACACGUAGACCGUAUCAUUGGGCAUAUGACUUUAUAUUCGAUCGCCUGCGCAUGGUGCGCCGGGAGAUUGUCAUUCAGCAGUUUGAUGCAAAGCAGACCAUACGGCUGCUGGAGCCAAUUUGCAUGUUCCUAGCCUUCAGCAGCUAUAAAUUAUGCGCGGAAAAUAUUGAAAAGUACGAUCCAAAAAUAUGCCAUCAGCAUCUUCAGGAGUGUCUCAAUGUGGUGCUUUGUUGUUAUAAACAGCUUGACGAGGAGCAACAAAAACAAAAAAUGGAAGCAACAUUGCUGGAGUUGCAACGUCGCUGUUUUAUUGAAUCACUUUACCAAGUGUUCAACAUGGGAACGUCAGAGGCGCUUAAACGUGCUCUAACGCUGCCUGCACAGGUGCGGGAGGAUGAUAACUUCAAACGUACUUUUGGCAUGUGCUUGGAAUAUCAUAGGGGAAAUCUGUAUCGCGUUAUUGUUGCUAUACCACAGCUACCACACAUACUCUGCGCAUUGGCAGCUCUUAAGCUACAGAUAAUAAGAAGGCGAUUGCUGGAAAUCUUGAAUGUGGCUUACAGCAACAAACAGUUAACGGUACCCAGCUCUUACUUGUUGCGCCUCACUUUGUGCACAACCGCUGUGCUGGUCGAUCAGUGUCGUCAUUAUAAUAUAGCGUUGACUCCAGAUCGUCAAAUGGUGCACUUCAGCAAGACUGAGUUCAAUAGAAACGUAGAUACCCUGAAAUCGACACAGGAAUCCUUUGUCGAUGCGAAGUUUGCGCGUAUUUAUCUGCCCGAAGUAUUAUUGUUAAAGAAACUGUGGUUGUAGAUUUUGAAUUGUAGAAUUGAAUUAUAUACACUGCCCAACAUGGCU